GUUUGGGUCUGGUUGUAGUGACGGGAAGGGCGGCAGGCAGCGUGGGGACUGAGGGUCGGUGAGGCGCGCCGCUGACACGCGACACAGGCCACUGACGCGAGCUAUCCCGCGGAGUUGCUGUCGUAGCAACGUUCAGGGACCCGGACGCGACGCCGCUGACGGGACGCUUGUGCUUCCUGCUAACCCCAGCUUUUAGAGGCGAAAUAUGCAAUGCAAACAGCGACCUUGGUGAAAUACACUCCGCGCCAGUAGCAUGUUAUGUAAUACCGGUGCGCCACUGAAAAUCUCGAGGAGCGAGGCGCAAGAGAAACGUCGCGCAGAGUUGUAGAUGUUGGUGUGCAUGGUGGUCACUGCGAUCAGAACUUGUGACAAUGCGAAGGAGGACCCCUGCCCGUAGUCAGGCCUAAAGCAGAAAGGGGAGGACGUGAGGCACAACUGACUCGUGACAGAGUGCGUGUGUGAGGGGUGUAAGCUAUGAUGCCCGAGGACAUGGCCUCCUCCUCUGGGUAUGGAGUGGCCCUCUCCCCAGGCCAGUGGAGCGUCAAUCCCGACACGGGCCUGAUGACACUGACGGAGGCGGCAAAGGCCAGGAUCAUCAACCAAGACCCUAUAGAAAAGUGGUACCUGCUGGACCCCGAACCCCUGGCAAGGGGCCAGUUCGCCGUGGUCUACCACUGCCGCCAUCGCAUCACUGGAGAAGAGUUCGCGGCAAAGUUCUCGUCCCGAUGGCGUCUUGGCGCCGACUGCACCUCGGACAUCCUGCACGAGGUGGGCGUGUGCGCGCUGCUGCGACAGGCGCAGCGCACCGUGCAGCUGAAGGAAGUGUUCCGGACCGAGACGGAGCUGGUGCUCGUCAUGGAGUACGCUGCCGGCGGGGACCUGCAGACGCUGCUGGAUGAGGACUUGGUGCCCUACGAGCGUGACGUCAUCAGCUUUACGCGACAGCUCCUUGAGGGACUAGUGAAGGUGCACGACCUCAACCUGGUCCACCUCGACAUUAAGCCGCAGAACCUUGUGUUGAUGGGGGAGUUCCCGGACUGUGAUGUCAAGCUGUGUGACUUCGAGAUCUCGCGUCUUCUCACACCGGGAAGGGAAGUGCGCGAGAUUCUGGGCACUCCUGACUACGUGGCCCCAGAAAUCAUUCUUUACGAGCCGAUCACCACCAAGACGGAUAUGUGGUCCCUGGGCGUGCUGGUGUACGUGCUACUGACCGGGUUCCUGCCCUUCGGAGGCGAUACAGACCAGGAGACUUUCUUGGAGAUCACCAUUGGAGAGUUGGACUUUCCUGAGGAGCUUUUCGAGGACAUCUCCGCCGAGGCCAUUGACUUCAUUAAGAAACUGCUGAUCCGCAAACCCCAGUCACGGAUGAGCGCGCGGGAGUGCCUGGAACACUCCUGGAUGAAGGCUGACCUUAGCAAAGCCAAGAUCCCGCCUCAACCACUCAAGCCACCGACGUCCCUCCCGCUGACCUCUAUCAACACACCCCUGGACGCCACCUCCAUCCUCACCUCCACCUCAGCACCGUCCGCCACCACCCGCGCCUCAAGUGUCCAUUCCCCUUCCCUUAUAUCAGCGCUCUCAGACAUGAUCACAGGUAACCAUGACCCGCACGCCCGCUCCUGCGCCUCCCUCAGUAAUACCCCGGUUAUGCUCACGCCCACAAAUACCACGCCCGCAGCUGUGACGCCUUCCAGCACCACGCCCACUGUCCUGACGCCCAUGAGCUCCUCCCCCCGUGACAUUGGCUUGCCUCCCAUACACCCUUUAUCUGGUCCCAAGUCCUCAGCUGUGAACUCUGCCUACUCCUCCACCAACUCCCUGUACCGCGGAGGCUCCAGGCAGAGUUUGGACCGCGCCAGAAGCCUCUCCAAAUCACGAGAGGUGCUCUUUGAGAGAAUGCAAAUGUCCAACCAGAAGAAAACUCUCUCCAAAUCCCGUGAAAGACUCCACGAGGGACGGCUGGGUCUCUCCAGGUCACGGGAGGACCUGUGGGCCCUCAGGUCCUUCUCCCACUCCGAGGAGGCCCUGUCAGUAUUCAGCUGGUUGAAUCAAGACGAUUCCAUUCACAAGAGCUGCAAUAAUGUCUUCCUGCCUAUGCUUCCCAUGCUGGAUGAGAACAGAGUCUCGGGUCGUCUGUACAAGAGUCUGGCGUCCAUUGACAAGAUAGACGAAGUGGGCACGGAGACCAACGAAGGCAGUGAGAGACAGAGCAUCUUCGAUUCGAGAUUCUCCAUCAAUGACGAAGAGUACAACCACCUCAUCACCAAGUACAACACCGCUGUCAACAGCCACAGGGGCACGGCUCAGGGACAGAAGGCAGGACGGACCAAGAGCCCCGUGCCUGAGAGGGGGCGCCUGAAGGACACAGAGUAUCGGGGUGGUCGUGGAGCCUCGCCGUGCCAAAAGUCUUGCGCAAGACACACAUGCCGAUCCGAACCACAGAACAUUUCCAAAAGCAACCGAUGCGAUAGGGUGAAGCGAGACGUCAAGAGGCGCAAGGGAAAGAAGGAUAAGGAUAAACAAAGGACAGAAUCCCCGGGAAUGAAGCAGCCGCUGACAGAUUCCAAGACGCACAAACACAGCGAAAAGGCAACAGACAAGGCGCCAGCAGGAUGUCGUGCCCCGUCCCCCAACAAGCGCCGCGGCUCCGUCUCCCACAUCGAGCAGAGGAUUCAGGAGAGACACGAAAGGCAGCAGGAGAAAGAAAAGCUGGAGAAGCAAGAACGCCAAGAGAAACAAGAAAGGAGAGGAUCCGGAAGAAGCGGCACUUCAACUCCUAAACGACGAGACUCAGACGACAAGAGCGCCAGCCGGGAGAAGCAGCGCAACACAAAGAACAAGAGCGGCGAGGCGGCCACCAGCACACCUAGGAGUUCCUCGCCACCCAAGCGAAACAAAGUGACUAAGACGAGGUCCACCAGCAGCGAGGCGUCCCCAAGUUCUUCGCUGGAGAGUGUCAAGGAAAGCUCAGAAUGGAAACGACGCAAUUCCAAACACAGUGAGUCGCGAGAGUCGCCGAGACCUAGGAAGGGAUCAUCCGGGGCUUCCAGUCAGACUGCUGAGAAAGGCGAGAGGAAGCCAGACAUGGAUGAGGCCUACGUGUCCCUGGAGGAGCCUGUGGACGACGGUAUCUUCAGCAGGAGUGAAAGCAUGGACAGCUCCAACACCCUGGAGUCUGACCACACCGUCCGCGCCACAGACACAUCCUCCGACACCCUCGAGUCCACCUUCAGCACCACGGGCAUCCUGGAGAGUCUUGAGAACGCCUCCAAGGAAGUCUUGGAGAAGCCAGUGCAGAUCCAGCUAUCGGAGAAACAUGAACUCGAGAUUUCCAAGAACAAGCAGGUGACGGAGAGCGUGGUGGUGGAGGUGCGGCCCGCGGCGGACUGCGUGGCGGAACUGUCGGCCAUCCACGAGGAGGAGGACGAGAAGGUCGCCUUCGCUCGCUCAGUGUCCACUAGCAGUGAUAUUGGCAGUAUGUUGAGCGAGAACAGUGAGGCAGAGAAGGAGGAAGGAUCCGCGGCACCCUCAAGGACCCAGCAGGAACCCGACCAGCACCUGGCGGCUCUCACCUGGAAGCGACGCGGCAGGUCCAUGAGCAUGCAGCCCAGCGACCCGCCGCCCUUUUCACACCUCCACCUGUGCAGGUCAAACUCCUUCAACCUGGGCAUGCCUCUCGAUAACAUGGUGGCGGCGCCGUGGGGGGAGGUGUGCGAUGGCGCCAUCAGCCGCGCCCUCGAGAUGUUCAAACUGAACCCCAAUGACCUGACCACCUUCGGCAGGAGCGUGCUGGAGCGGCGGACGUCGCUGCAGAGUCAGUAGCAGCGGACUGGUCGUCACACGCUACUGGUCGUGUACAAAGGCGCCGUGCGACCCUAAACCUUUGUUGUAUAGGCAACGACUCUUGGCAGGCUGCUGCUGCUGUUGCUGCUGCUGCUGCUGCGCCGAGCUUUGUGAUAACGUUACUCUUCCUCUUGAGGCUACGUGACGGCUUCUGCGGGGGGCUUCAGGACUAGCCGGCCUGGGUGGCGAGAGGCCCCGGGACGCAAGGGGGACUGGCUGUGUGGCGAGAUGGAGGAGGAAGCCGACAGGAGGCCGACCAGUGAUACAACUAACCCAAUACUGAGGCUCUUGCAAUAAUACAUGUGAUGUACUUGUUUCUCCGUGCCUCUAGCGGAUAUUUAUGUUAAGUCAAGUUAAGUUUAUUGUUACGGACUACAUAGUGGACGUUUGAUUCCUCAACCUGCACUUUUCCAAAAGUGCCCGGAACACAUAUGGUAAACAGCUUUAAGCUAUGUACAUAAACACUCCUCGUUAGCACCUAAGGUUCCCGGGGAUGGUGGCGGCUUUUGUCUCGGCCGGCGGGCCAGCGCUCUCUUCCUGCGACACGUCCGACUGUAACACACCUCUACUUUGGGCUUUACAUUCACCUGUUAAAAACCUGCUUUUUCACGUGUAACAACCACUACCCUUAUAGAAUAAGUCAAGUCUGUGUGACUGUACAAAGGGGAGGCCCGCGGCGGACGCCUUCCCUGUGACGCGGCGGGCGGCGGGCCUUCCCUGCACAGGAGGCUGCGGCACAACACUAACACGCUCGGAGGCAUACUUAGGCGAACUGAUGCGAGUCCUGCUAGUCAGCGUACCAUUAGCUUUCAUGAGGGUAGUGACGCCGCGGCCGCGCCAAGCCUGCGACCAACGCCAGGACUGGGAUCCGGCGGAGGGUGGACGCGUGGAUGGGUAGGUGGGGACGCCCGCGCCUGGGAGGAAAGGGAAGCGCGGGGAGGGAGAUUUGGUGGCGCAACAACUAAGGAGAAAAAGAGUAAGGAAAUCAGAGGAGAAUAAAAAAGGUGGAGGACCGAGGAGGAGCAAAAAGGAAAGAGUGGGGUAAGGAGAGCCAGAAGAGAUAGAGAACGAAGUAUUCAAAGUAAUAAUAUAAACGAACACGGGAGGUAAAGGAUGACUGAAGGUCACAAACAAGAAUGUGCAACGGAAUAAAGUAACCAGGAUGAGUGGUGGCAGCCGCGUGGUGUGAAAAAAGAGUGCUGCAUUGAAUGAAAAUGAUGGCUGGGGCGUGAAUGGGGCAUGAAUGAACAACUUCCUGGGUAAACGUAACUUUUAUGAGUGACUAAUACGAGUACGUGCGUCAGUGAAUGAACGUUGAACCCGGGAAGCUUAACAAAGAGCAAGAAGAUGAAUGAACAAGAGAUGAAUGGAAGGAGGAGUGAAAAGAAGGGCGAAUGCUAAUGAUUAAUGGCGGAGUAAAGGCAUGAAUGAAGAAACGUGAUCAGGGAGUAGGUGAAUGAGGCGACUUGUGAAUGGAUAUGAAUAAAUGGUGCGGUGUGGGAGUGAGUGCAUAUAUGGGCAGGGCGAGGUGGAGUGGGGCGGGGCGGGGCGGGAUGUGACAGAGGGAUGGGACAGAGUAGGUAGAGCUGAGCAUGGGCAGAACUAAACGGGGCUGGGGCGGAACGAACCAGGACGAGGAUUUGAAGACUGAGCCGAGAUGUAACAAGGCGGAGGGAGGACAGUAAGAAAAAAGUGAGUAUAGAGAAAAGAAAUAAAACUAAACUAAGAGGGAGAAGGAAUUGGGAGCGGGUCUGGGCGGCGAGGGAUAGACUGAACAGAGCGGGGUAUGACAGGAUUAUGAGGGCUGAAGUAAAUUUAAUUAGGAUGGUUUAAGGUUCAAGGUAGCAAGGGCGGGGUAAGGCGGGGCAGCCACUCGGUGUCCAGAGUCCAGUGCAGGCGUGGCAGCGUCACACGGCGUCACACGGUUUCAAGUCAGCUAAAACCAAAGUAGGUGUACAGUACUUUAUUCUCGUAUUAAGGACAAAAAAUAUACGGUGUUCCAGGAAGCAGAAAUAAUGGAUAUAAAUACAAAUAUAUAUAUAAGCACACCA